AUGUCGUGGAAACUCACCAAGAAAUUCAAGGAUACCCAUCUGGGGACCCUGAGCGCCUUUUCUCGAUCCCCCUCUACCUCGACCAUCACAGACAAGGACGACAAGGCUCAAAAUGCCACGGGCGCCACGACUCCGACCACCGACAACGCCAUUGCUGCCUCGGAAGCAAUGACCCAAGCGCCCGUCGUCAAGCCGCCCAAGCCCGGCAUCCUUGUCGUCACACUCCACGAGGGCCAAGGCUUCUCCCUGCCUGAGCAACACCGAGCUGCCUUUGCCUCGCAGCACCAGGGCUCACUGUCAUCUAGCAAUGCGGCAACCAUGGCCGGCUCAGUCUUUGUCAAUUCCGUCGAAGGCAACCCCGAGAAUCCCCUCUGGGCAGGCGGCAGCACCCAGUACAAGUUCGAUGUCUCCCGGAUGACGGAGCUUGUCAUCCACCUGUACAUGAGAAACCCAACCGCUGCUCCUGGGUCCGGGCGGAGUCAGGACAUCUUUCUGGGCGUCGUUCGCAUCAAUCCUCGAUUCGAGGAGCGGCAGCCCGGCGUCGAGUGGGUGGAUGUGCAGUACGGCAGUGGCAAGAUCAAGGUCGGCGUCGAAUAUGUCGAGACGCGAGCAGGCAAGCUCAAGAUUGAAGACUUUGAGCUGCUCAAGGUUGUGGGCAAGGGCAGCUUUGGGAAGGUGAUGCAGGUACGCAAAAAGGACACGAACCGCAUUUACGCUCUCAAGACGAUUCGCAAAGCCCACAUCAUCUCCCGGUCCGAGGUGGCGCAUACGCUCGCCGAGCGGUCUGUCUUGGCACAAAUCAACAAUCCCUUCAUUGUCCCCCUCAAGUUCAGCUUUCAGUCGCCCGAGAAGCUCUACUUCGUGCUGGCGUUUGUCAAUGGAGGAGAACUCUUCCACCAUCUGCAAAAGGAACACCGGUUCGACGUCAACAGAUCGCGCUUCUACACGGCGGAGCUGCUCUGCGCCCUGGAAUGCCUGCACGGCUUCAGCGUCAUCUACCGCGACCUAAAGCCCGAGAACAUCCUGCUCGACUACCAGGGCCACAUUGCGCUCUGCGACUUUGGCCUCUGCAAGCUCGACAUGAAGGACGAAGACCGGACGAAUACCUUUUGCGGGACGCCCGAAUACCUUGCGCCGGAGCUGCUGAUGGGCAAGGGCUACAACAAGACGGUCGACUGGUGGACUCUGGGCGUGCUGCUGUACGAGAUGCUGACUGGCCUGCCUCCCUUUUACGACGAAAACACCAAUGAAAUGUACCGCAAGAUCCUAUCAGAGCCACUGCACUUUUCGGAUGUGGUGCCACCGGCGGCCAAGGAUCUGUUGACCAAGCUGCUUAACCGCAAUCCCGAAGAGCGGCUCGGCGCCAACGGGUCGGCGGAGAUCAAGGCUCAUCCGUUCUUUCACGCCAUUGACUGGAGAAAGCUGCUGCAGCGCAAGUAUGAGCCGACCUUUAAGCCCAGCGUGGCUGACGCGCUGGAUACGGCCAAUUUUGACCCCGAGUUCACGUCGGAGGCGCCCCAAGACUCUUACGUGGACGGCCCGAUGCUGUCGCAGACAAUGCAGAACCAAUUCCAGGGGUUCAGCUAUAACAGGCCCAUUGCGGGGCUUGGCGAUGCCGGCGGGAGCGUCAAGGACCCUUCCUUUGUGGGCAGCAUCCAGGACAAUCGAUAA